AUGUCUCUUACACUCAAGAUUAGGAUCGUAAAGGAUGGCUCGGUAAAGGCAAUGAAAUUCGCCCCAACCAUGUUUGUCCACGAGGCCUGCGCACAGAUCAGAGAGAGAAUCAACGAUUCAGGUGAGGACCACGGACUGUUCCAACCAGGUAUCGAAGGCAAGCGUCCAUCAAGAUGGCUCAAGAUGGACAAGACACUUCAACUUUAUGACUUAAAGAUGAAUGACGAGAUAGAUUACAAGAAGAAACAUAGAGCACUCAAGGUCAAACUGAUGGAUGAGACUCUAAAGACAUUGCUGAUUGAUGACAGUUUGUCGGUGGGCGAGAUCAUCGAGAUCAUCGGUAAGAGAAUAGGUAUCAAGAACCACGAGGAGUUCUCUUUGCAGGCCGAGCAGGGCGGCGCCACCAGUGACUGGCUGAAUCACACCCAGCCACUGCACGAGCAGGGCGUCAGCGACGAGGCCAUCGUCUUGCUUAAGAAGAAGUUCUUUGUCGACGACUUCAACGUCAACCGUGACGACCCGAUCCAGCUUCACUUGGUGUACGUCCAGUCGCGUGACGCCAUCAUCUCGGGCUCCCAUCCCUGCACGUACGAUGAGGCCAUCCAGUUUGGCGCGCUCCAGUGCCAGAUCCAGCUGGGCAACCACAACACCAACCUGCACAAGCCAGGCUACCUCAAGAUCAAGGAGUACAUGCCUCCCUCGUACCACAAGAAGAAGGACGCUGAGAAGGACAUCUACAAGGAGUUCAGAAAGCUGGUCGGUAUGACCGAGUCCAACUCAAAGUUCAGAUACGUCCAACUGUGUCGUUCCCUCAAGACCUACGGUAUCACUUUCUUCCAGACAAAGGAACGUGUAAAGGGACAGAAGAAGCCAGUUCCAAAGUUGCUCGGUAUCACCAGAGACUCAGUGUUGCGUUUGGACGCUGAGACAAAGGAGGUGGAGCACGAGUAUCCAUUGACUCAUCUUCGUAGAUGGGCUGCCUCACCAGCUUCGUUCACUCUCGAUUUUGGAGACUACGAGGACGACUACGUCAGUGUGAUCACCUCGGACGGAGAGGCCAUCUCACAGUUGCUCAGCGGCUACAUUGAGAUCUUGAUGAAGAAGCGCAAGGACACCUCAGUCACCGUGGAGGAGGGCGACACUGACAUUGCCAACAUCGAGUCGAUCGGCAGGAUCAGAGGACAGGCUGCCAACACCACCACCUCCUCAUCGCUCUCGGGCUUUGACGGUGCCGGUGGUCGCGAGGGACAGUACUCAGUGCCAGGCCAAUCGAUUGGCUACCGUGGCGGUUUGGGUGGACCCCUCUCUGUCAAGGUUACCAACAUCGACUCGGCCUCUGCCGCCGUUGCCAACCUUCUCAACGAGAUGGAGCUCGAUCCAAACAGCGUCAUUGGCCAAAAGUCUGCUCUCACUCCACAACAGUGGCGCCAGCAGCUGGCUAUCCACGCCAAGGCCGUCGCUGCCGCCGCCGGCAAGCUGUUGGGCAACUUGAACAACCCCAACGGAAUGGACCGUGGCAUGGUCGACCAGAACGCCCGUGACAUUGCGCUCACCAUCGACCAGCUGGUGCACGCUGCCCGCGCUGCUUCGAUCGCCGCUGGUGAAGACCCCGACGGAGAGAUGCCCCUGUUCGACGGUGCCAGAUCCGUCGCCGAGGCCAUCUCCAAGCUUCUCAAGGCCACCAAGGAUCUCGCCGCCAACCCCGACGACGAGAACGCAAGAAACUUGGUUGCUCAGGCUGCCGAGCAGUUGCGUCUCAUGACCGCCUACCUCGACGGUGCCUGCAACGGUGUCAUCACCGACCAGGGUACCCUUAGACUGCUCCAAGAGUCUGGAAAGGCCAUCGCCUUUGCCACUCAGGAGCUCGUCAACAAUGCCAACCAGAUGGCUACCACCAUCGCCGACCCAAUCAGACGUAACCAGUUGAACAACGCCACCGACGAGACUGGCAAGGCUGGUGUGUUGGCCUCUGCCACCGCCCAAGCCCUCGCUCCAACCAUCUUGGACCCAACCUGCCGCCAGCAGUUUGACGCCGCCUCCAAGUCUGCCCAGGACUCGAUCAACUACCUGUUGGCUACUGCCAAGUCCUCCAACCUCGACUCUGCUCUGUUGGAGAAGUUGAAGGCUCAUGCCAAGCAAAUCACCGACGCCUACGCCUACCUCUUGCAGUCGGCUGACCUCGCUCAGCCAAAGAGUGGCGACGAUGUUGAGUUCAGCAAUGCUGCCAAGCAGAUCCUUGCCGCCUCAGCUCAGAUGCUCGGUGCUCAAGGUCGUCCAGACGUCAUCCAGGGUGCCACCAAGUCGAUUGAGGAGGCCAUGAUCCACUUGAUCGCCGGUGCUAAGAGAGCCACUCUCAAGACUGACGACCCCGCUGUCCGCGACCGUCUCAUCCAGUGCUCCAAGACUGUGGCCGAGGCCGCCAGACACCUCGUCGAGGUUGCUCAGUUCAGCGCUGAGAACCCAGACGACAAGGCUGCCUUUGCCAAGUUGCAGGACGCUUCCAAGCGUCUGGCCAUGGCCACCAAGCAAUUGGUUGGCGAUGCUGGCAAGGAGGAGGCCUUCCAGGCACUCCGCACCAACGCCAAGUUGGCCUGUGCCGCCACCACCGGUCUGAUCACCACCAGCAAGCAGGUGACCCCGACCCUUCCAGAGCAGGAUGCCGCCCGCAUCCAGGCCUCAAUCGACCGCGCCCUUCACGAGAUUGGCGAGAUGAUUGGAGCCAUCAACAACUCGCAGACCAAGCCCAACGACAUCUCUGCACAGAACCAGUUGGUCGACCAGAUCAAGGUCUCUGCCCCAAUUGCCUUCCAGUUGGUCGCCGACGCCAAGGCCACCAUCCCCAAGGUGCAGGACCCAGUGCUCAAGUCCGAGCUCACUCACUCUGCCAACGUUGCCUCUGACGCCAUCAAGGUGCUCUUGGAGUCCAUCCAGGACCUCUCGUCCGCUGUUGGCCAGCAAGACUUUGACGAUGCUUUGGAGCAGGUUCAGGCCCUCGAGGCCGACAUGGAGGCUCAGUCCUACGCUGCCCAAUCCGGCCUCAUCCAGAACAUUCCAGGCCAGACUCGUGAGAACGCCAUGGAGCUCCUCAACGUGGCCGCUCGCGCACUCGGCAACUCUGCCAAGCAGGUGUUGCUCCAAUACAAGACUGCCCCAGAUCAAUUGGGCAACACAUGCAAGGACCUCUCCAACUCUGUUGGUCAGGUGACCAACGCCGCCAAGGCCGUCUCUGCCACCUCGCAGAACCGCUCUGUGCAGCGCGCCGUCCUCGGUGCUGCCAAGCAGAUCACCACCGAGUCGGCCAACUUGAUCAGUUGUGCUCGUGCCGUCUCUGCCAACCCAGGUGACGCCCCACUCGAGCUCGCUCUGCAGUCCUCCGUCAAGGCAAUUGCCGAGGCUUUGGCCGCAUUGCUUGCCACAUCCAAGGGUGGAGACCCCGGUGGAAAGGACCUCGACGACGCCAUCGAGGCCAUCAAGAACGACAUCAAGCGUAUCAACAACCCACCAGUCAGCCUCGGUGGUGAGUACGGUACCAACAGUGACAAGGCCAUCUCCUCAUCAAAGGCCUUGCUCGCCUCCUCAUCGCAGACCUCUGCCAACGCUCGCAGCAACCCAUCUGCCCUUGGACCAUCCUCAAAGACCACCUCGUCCACCUACACUCAGUUGGUCGACACUUGCAAUGCUGCCACUGGUUCAUGCCCCAACAAGAACCUUGCCAUCGAGACUGCCAACAUCUUGGCUCAACUCGGAGAGGCUUCCAUCAAGUUGCUGCAGGCCAGUCGUUACGCCGCCUCCCGUCCAGGUGAGGGUGAGACCGAGCUUACCAACGCCCAGUCUGCCAUCGACGCCCUUGUCAAGCAGCUGACUCACACCAUCCAGUCGGCCGUCCCAGGUCAGGCUGAGAUUGGUGAGGCCAUCGCCAUCGUCAAGCAGUGCAUCGUCCAGCUCAACACUGGCGUCAUCUCGCACUCGCUCCGCGCCGACCCACUCAAGCCAUGCACCACCGCCGCCAAGGAGCUCGGUGAGCACACCGGCCAGGUCGUCAACUCCAAGACUCAGUCCGAGAAGAUGGGUGCCAACUGCAAGAAGGCUGCCCUCGACCUGUUGGACGCCACCGAGUGCGCCAAGUCCGCCAUCUAUGGCAGCACCGAGGUAAACCCCGACUCACUCUCCAGCCUUGCUGGAAAGGUCAGCGCCGCCAGCUCUGCCCUCAACGAGUCCUGCGCCAAGAAGACCUUGAACGAGCAGGACAAGAAGGAGGCUGCCGUCAACGCCAAGAACCUGGCCCUCUCUGUGCCAAACCUCAUGAACGCCGCCAGAAAGCUCUCAUCGCAGGCUCUCACCGCCGGCAACCCCGAGAGAUCCAAGCAGAUCUUGCUCGAUGCCCAGAACGUGGCCAACGCCACCACCAAGCUGGUCAACAUCGCCAAGACUGUUGCCUCUGGUCAGACCGCUCCAGCAGAGCAGGUCAGAGCCGCUCACGAUGAGGUGUCUGCCUACAUCCGCGACCUCUUGCGCUCUGUUGAGGGACUCGACUCUGCCCAGCAGGUCGAGAUCGACUUGGAUGCCCUGUCACCCGCCGAGCAAGCUCUGCUCGACGCCACUCGCUCCGUCGCCAACUCGAUGUCCCAGUUCAUGGCCAUCAGCAAGAACAUCUCCACUGGCACCAAGGACGCCAACGUGCACCAGAGCUUCUCCUCUGCUGCCCAGUCUGUCUCGGCUGGCGUGCAGCAGUUGCUCAUCGCCAUCAACGGCAUGAGACCAGAGCAGAAGGACAUUGACGAGUCAAUUGAGAUCAUUCAGCAGGCUGUCGUCGACCUCGACUCUGCCUCCCUCAACGCCGCCAUCGGUCUGUUGGAGAACACCGCCCCAGCCGGCAAGACUGCUCAGUCAUGCCAGGAGGACCUCGUCGAGGUUUCCCGCGAGCUGGCUACCGCCAUGAAGGUCUUCCUGGCCGCUCCAAAGGAGAACCCAGCCAACCUCGGCCAGUCAGCCAAGAACACUGCCAACCUGUUGCCAAAGAUUGUCAACAUCUCCAAGCAGUUGGCUUCGCUCACCACCAACCCAGAGAUCAAGCAGACCCAACUGCAGCUCUCCAAGAAGUUGGCCGACAACAUGUUGGAGUUGAUGAUUGCUGCCAAGGGAGGCGACGUCAGCGACUCGAAGCAGGCAUUCAAUGCCUCGCAAGCCAUCGCCGACAUCCUUACCUCUGUCAAGGGAGGAGUCAUGCAGUCACGUGACUGUGAUGAGGCCAUCCAGACCAUCAACCAGUCCAAGGAGACCUUGUACAAGCCUGCCCCAGACUCAAAGGGCAAGACCUACCAGGAGUACAGAGACGAUACCACCGAGAUCGCUAAGGCUUUGGCCCUGGGUAUCUCUGCUCUGGUCAACGCUGCCAAGAACAAGCCCGACGAGAUUGGCCAGAACUCUCUCAAGGUCGGAGGUAUCAUCCCCCGUCUGGUCGAGAGCUCCCGUGCCACCGCUUCGGCCACCAACGACGCCGUCGCCAAGCAGAAGCUGCUCGAUGCCACCAACGGCAUUGUCGACUCGACUGCCCUGAUCAUUGCUGACGCCAAGCUUGCCAGUGCUGACAACAAGAACGCUGCCCUCCAGGGUAAGAUCAACGACAACUUCAAGAGUGUCACCACCUCGAUUGCCAACCUGAUCUCUGCGCUCAAGGCUGGUGCCACUGGUGAUCGUGACGUUGAUGCAGCACUUGAGGCCAUCAACAAGGCCACAUCCGAUCUGGAUGCUGCUUCCCUGUUCGCCGCCGCCGGUCAGAUCGAUGUUGAGACUGACGGUCAGACCCCACAGCAAGUCCAGCAGGACAUUGAUCGUCUUGCCAAGGAGUUGCACGAGGCCAACCAGCAGCUGCUCAAGGCUUCCACCAUCGAGGAGGUCGGAGUCAACGCCAAGCACAUUGCCCACGUCAACAGCCAGUUGGCCAACGCUGCCAAGGUCUGCGCUGCCCUCACUGCCGAUCCAAACAUGCAGCAGAACAUCUUGAACAACUCGAGAAACGUCAGCUCCAACCUGCAGGCCACAGUCUCUGCCACCCGUGCCGCCCAGAAGAACCCAACGCCCGCCAACAACACCAUGAAGACCCAGUCGUCCAAGGCUCUCGACGAGUCGAUCGACGCUCUGGCCUCGCUCGCCAACUCAUCCACCACCACCAAGGGUAUCCGCGAGUUGGACUCCAUCGCUGCCGAGAUCAGAAAGCAGUUGGGCACCUACGACACUGCCAACGCCACCUCCAACGGUAACGCCACCGCCGAGGACGUUGUCACCUCAGCCAAGUCUUUGGCCGAGUCCAUCGCCUACCUGGUCAGCUCGACCAACAACGCCCCAGACGAGUUGGAUAGUGCUGCAAAGGGCACCAACGCCUCUGUCAGAUCACUGCUGGCCAACGCCAAGGGUGCCACAAGACUCACCGACGAUGCUGUCAUCCAACAGAACGUCACCGAGUCUGCCAAGGAGGCUUCCAACAAGAUCCUCAAGCUCGUCCAAGCUGCCAAGAGCGUUCGUUCCGACCCAACCAACAACCAGGCCCAGAACAAGCUGUCCGAGGCUUCCGCCGAGGUUGCUGAGGCCAUCAACGAGGUGGUCACUGCCGCCGGAGAUCUUCCAGGUGGAGAGAGAGCCAAGAAGCUGUUCCAGGCUGGCGAGAACCUCGAGGAGGUCGCCGAGAAGGAGCUCAAGGAGGCUGCUCGUGUCAUUGAGGAGGCCACCGCCGCCUUGCUCAAGGCCAAGAAGAAGCGUGAGGAUGCCCGUGCCGCCUCUGGCAUUGAUGAGGCCGGUAUUGAUGAGGCCAUUCUCGAGGCUGCCCGUGCCAUUACCAGUGCCACCGGUAUCUUGGUCAACUGUGCUUCCGCCGUGCAGCACGAGUUGGUCGCUCAAGGAAAGGUCAACAAGGGAGGCAACCAGUACCGUCGUGACCCAACAUGGGCUCGUGGUCUGAUCUCUGCUGCCCAAGCCGUCGCCGGUUCCGUCCAGACUCUGGUCGUCUCUGCCAAUGACUCCACCCAAGGAAAGGCUGAGGAGGAGACUCUGGUCGCCGCUGCCAAGGGUGUCGCCGCCACCACUGCUCGUCUGGUCGCUGCCAGCAGAGCCAAGGCCGACCUCAACAGUGCCUCCAACUCUCAACUGUCCCAGGCUGCCAAGCAGGUGUCCAACGCCACCAGCCAGCUGGUCGAGGCUGCCAAGUCUGUCGGCAAGCAAGACGAGGAGGUCGAGGCUUUCGACCCAUCCGGUAUGUCGUUCACCGGUCUCAAGGUUCACGAGAUGGAGCAGCAGGUCAGAAUUCUGAAGCUCAAGAAGGAGCUCGAGCAGGCCGAGAAGAAGCUGUUCUCGAUCAGAAAGCACGAGUACCAGGAUCAGACUGGCCCAGCCCCAACCCCAGUUGCUGCCCCAACCCCAACCCCAGCACCAGCUCCCAAGCCAGUUGCCAAGGGCCCAGCACGUCCAGCCAUCUCACCAGCCACUGGACAACCAAUUGUCAAGCAAGCGUCACAACAGAGAUUCUCAACUAGCUCACCAAUUGAGGCCAGCUCCCCACCAUCCGAGUCGGCACCAGCACCCGCCGUCGUCCCAUCGCCACUCGCCCCAGGCCAAACAAUGACCUUGACCGAGCUGCAACAGAAGCCAGCCGGACUCGACCAGAACAACCUCGAGAUCUACCUGAGUGACUCAGAGUUCCAGUCCAUUUUCAAGAUGAACAAGGCAGACUUUGCCAAGUUGCCAGGCUGGAGGAAGAACAAGGAGAAGCAGAAUGCCGGACUCUUCUAA